CUUCGUCCAACUGCAACAAUGAAGUCCUCUCUUGUUGCGGCGCUCUGCGUGCCUCUUCUCGUUGCGGCUCUGCCUAACCCCCAAUGCCCGAGCCCAGUGGAAGUGACCGUGACACAGACACAGACGUCUUCUCGUACAGAGACUGUCACGGCCGUCUCCACGAGCACCACGACUAUUCCGCUCCCAGGUCUUCCGUCUACAGUAACGCUCCCUCCGGCGACCGUCACGCUCACCGGAACGCGCUCUGGUGAUGCCACAACUGUGACAGUCCCCGGCUCGACGACUGUCCUUGUUCCGGGUGCUCCCAAGGUCGUCACCCAAGUCCAGACAGUCACUGUCCCUGGUCAAGUUCAGACAGUUACCAUUCCGGGUCAAGUCAAAACAGUCACAGUUCCCGGUGCGGCCGCUACUACUACCAUUACUGUGCGCCCAUCGACGUCCACUUUCAUCGUUGGUGGUGCUGCCCAGUCGACCGCUGUGACUCUUCCCGCAGGCACAACCACCUUCGUCGUACCCCCUGAGGUGCAAACUGUGACGGUUGGAGGAGGCGUGCAGACCAUCACACUCCCAGCACAAACCCGCACGAUUACGCUGGCUCCCCAAGUUGUUACUGUUACUGUCACGCCGACUGUUGUGCCCUCGGUUAGCAGUUCGUCCACUCAGACUUUUGCUGCGGCGACCUCUUCCAGCGUCAGUAUUUCUGCGGCGUCAGUGAUCCCGACUGCUGCUACUACUGGAACCUCUACUGCUUCUGCUUCCAGCACGGAAAUUUCCACGAGCACUGAGUCUUCCACGAGCACUGGAGCUUCCACGAGCACUGGAGCUUCCACGAGCACUGGAGCUUCCACGAGCACUGGAUCUUCCAGCGUCUCUAGUGAGACUUCCAACACUUCUACUGCUUCCGAUGCAGCAACUAUCUCCACCGAAGCUUCUACUUCUGCCACUGAGACUACUGCUACGGAGACUUCUGCUAGCACCGACGUCUCAAGCACCACUACUGAGACUUCGACCACGGAAACUUCGACGUCUACUGAGGUUUCUAGCACCGAGAGCACCGCUACCGCUACCGAAACUUCCACCGCCGAGACUUCCGCUAGCGAGACUACGACUACUGAGGCUACCACUACUGAGGCUACCACUACUGAGGCUACCACUACUGAGGCUACCACUACUGAGGCUACCACUACUGAGGCUACCACUACUGAGGCUACGACCUCAGAGACUACCACUACAGAAGCUACUACCACAGAGCCUACCACCACAGAGCCUACCACCACAGAGCCUACCACCACAGAGCCUACCACCACAGAGCCUACCACCACGUCUGUCCCUGAGGUCACCACGACGGCGGACCCCGUGUCCAGUGCCGUAGAAAUCAUCACAUCCAAGGCACUCCAGCCCUUCUGCUCCACUCUCCUCGGCUACACCGCCGCCACAGCCACAAUAACCGGUGUCGCCACCGUUCCCGUUGUAGUCACGACGACCCCCUCCGGCUACACAACCCAGACCGUCACACAGACAGUCACGACGACGACGGAGCUUACCAGCAUGAUCUUCGCCCCUACCAACUUCAAGCGCACGUCUCUAUACUUCCUCCCUACACUUGGGCUCCCCACAUUUGUGCUCCCUACACUGGCGCUCCCUUCAAUUGGGCUCCCUUCACUUGCGCUCCCUUCACUUGGGCUUCCUACACUUCCGCUCCCCACAUUUGAGCCCUCGGUCGCGCUCCCGACGGCCCUGCCCCAAGCAGACACAAUCACGUCCAUCCCCACACUCACGCCCAUAGACGUAGUCACAGCCUCGGCGCCCGCGCUCCCUGCUGGCACGCCCGCCGACCUGGCCACCUUCGCCGAUGAUGUCAUCACCUCGGCGUGCCAGCUGGAGGCCUCGCCCGCCACGAGCACGGCCUACGUCACUGUGACCUCCUUCACGACCGAGCCUACCACAGUCACCAAUUUCGCGGGGUUGAGGACGGUCACUCAGACCAACACCGUGACUGUCACGGCGACGAGGGUGGUGGAGAUCAAUGAGGCUGUUACUACUGAAUGAGCGUGGGAUGUUGUUGUAGAGGGCGGGGUGUAAUGUAAUGGAUAUAGAUAUGUAGACCCUCUGGAGAGAAUCUCCAACUUAAUCGAUCA